AUGUGUUUACUUUCAAUUACAAUAGCUUCUAUAGCUUCCUUGCCAAUUAAAAAUGUUAUUAUAGAUGCUCCAAAUAUAGCAAGUGAAGCACCAGCCACUAUAGCAAAUAUCACUGAUCAGGAAAUAAUGAAGCAAUUUGAUGCAGACCGUAUAAACAAUACAAAAUUAUUAUUGAGAAACCAAGUGAGGCCAGGAAUGUCGGUAACAAGCUACGCAGUGAAAAUCGAAGCUAACAUAAAUGCCGACACUUUUACUGGAAGACUUGCGGCUCAAGUUAUAAUAGACGAUCACAGUACCAGAGAAGAUGAUAUUGUUUUUCAAGUUCAUGAUUUGACGGUUGACUCUGUAACGUUUUCUUUUGCUGGUGGAAGCGUUUUUCUGCCCGCUGAUUUCAACAUAGAUGAUGACAAUGAGUUAUUAGAAAUUAGUACGGGCUAUGAAGCGACUCUUUACAGUUUUAUAAUCGAAUAUAGAGGUUCUCUUAGUAUGAUCGGUGAUGGACUUUACACAGGAAGAUAUGGUAAUGGCGAGUAA